AUGUUUUUGAUAACUAGAACUUUUGCCAUGCAUCUUGGUCCAGGGGGAGAGCGAUCUUUUUCGACACUUUGCUUCGCUUUAGCACUUCAUGGGAUGAUAGAAGCACCUUUUAGGGCCAUGGAUGAGUUUGAUGUAUUCAUGGACGCGGUGAGCUGUAAAAUAAGCUUGGACACCCUUGUAGAUUUUGCUGUUGCACAAGGCUCACAAUGGAUAUUUAUAACACCGCAUGAUAUCAGCAUCGUGAAGCCUGGAGAUCACAAAUGGAAAAUCGCCUGUCUGUUACUGUGCUCAGUAGUGUAUAUAUCUCCUUAG